CUCACCGGAGAAAACCUAAGCUAGGGUUUCUCUAUCGUGAAGAUUUUCGAAACGACAACUUUGAAUUUGCUAAUUAAGAAGAUGUAUUCUUAAUUAAAAGCUUUGAAAUUGACGAUUUAGGGUUGUGAAAAAAUGGAUUUGGAUUCAUCUAUGGUACCAGAGAAUGAUGAAGAUCCUGUUGCUACGCCUGAGAAUCACCAAUCUCCUAUGGAGAAAGAAGCGUCAGAGCAAUCAACGGAAGAAACUGGAUCCGAAUCCGAAUCGGCGUCUUUGACUCCUCCUUCUCCUCCGUCGCAGCAGCAGCAACCGCAGGUAACGACGGUGGUUGGUCCGAGAUGUGCGCCAACGUAUUCGGUUGUGAAUGCUAUUAUAGAGAAGAAAGAAGAUGGUCCUGGACCUAGAUGUGGACAUACGUUGACGGCGGUUCCGGCGGUUGGUGAGGAAGGGACGUCUGGUUAUAUUGGACCGAGACUGAUCUUGUUUGGUGGUGCUACUGCUCUUGAGGGUAAUUCUGGAGGAACAGGAACACCUACUUCAGCUGGAAGUGCCGGCAUUCGACUAGCUGGUGCGACCGCUGAUGUCCAUUGUUAUGAUGUUCUUACAAAUAAGUGGUCGAGGCUUACACCUUAUGGAGAACCACCUAGUCCAAGAGCUGCUCAUGUUGCUACUGCUGUUGGGACUAUGGUAGUUAUUCAGGGUGGAAUAGGUCCUGCUGGUUUAUCAGCUGAGGAUCUUCACGUUCUUGAUCUCACGCAGCAACGACCACGAUGGCACAGGGUUGUUGUUCAGGGUCCUGGACCAGGACCGCGUUAUGGACAUGUCAUGGCACUGGUAGGACAGAGGUAUCUCAUGGCAAUUGGUGGAAAUGAUGGAAAACGCCCAUUAGCUGAUGUAUGGGCUUUGGACACUGCUGCCAAACCUUAUGAAUGGCGUAACCUGGAACCGGAAGGGGAAGGUCCACCUCCAUGCAUGUAUGCAACUGCAAGUGCGCGGUCUGAUGGCCUUCUUCUUCUCUGUGGUGGAAGAGAUGCGAAUAGUGUGCCCCUAGCAAGUGCAUAUGGACUUGCCAAGCACAGAGAUGGACGUUGGGAAUGGGCCAUAGCCCCUGGGGUCUCCCCUUCUGCCAGAUACCAGCAUGCUGCAGUCUUUGUAAAUGCAAGACUCCAUGUCUCUGGUGGGGCACUUGGUGGUGGACGCAUGGUAGAAGACUCGUCCAGUGUUGCAGUGUUGGAUACUGCAGCAGGUGUUUGGUGUGAUACAAAAUCGGUUGUUACUAGUCCUAGAACUGGUAGGUAUAGUGCUGACGCAGCUGGUGGUGAUGCUUCUGUUGAGCUGACUAGGCGUUGCAGGCAUGCUGCUGCUGCAGUGGGUGAUUUGAUAUUCAUCUAUGGUGGUUUGCGUGGAGGAGUGUUACUUGAUGACCUAUUGGUUGCUGAAGAUCUUGCUGCGGCGGAAACAACAUCUGCUGCCUCUCAUGCUGCUGCUGCUGCAGCAGCAGCAACAAACUCACCACCUGGCCGUUCACCUGGAAGAUAUGGAUUUUCUGAUGAAAGAACAGGGGAGCUACCAGAAUCAGCUCCUGACUCUGUGGUGCUGGGAAGCCCUGUUGCACCCCCUGUAAAUGGUGAUAUGUAUACUGAUAUAAGCACUGAAAAUGCAAUGGUUCCAGGAACUCGGAGAACAAGCAAGGGUGUGGAGUAUCUCGUUGAAGCAUCUGCUGCGGAAGCCGAGGCUAUCAGUGCAACAUUAGCUGCUGCGAAGGCACGACAGGUCAACGGUGAAGUUGAACUCCCAGAUAGGGAUCGUGGUGCUGAGGCUACACCCAGUGGAAAACCUUCAGUAUCAUUGAUUAAGCCUGAUUCUGCAGUACCGAACAGUGUUAUUCCUGCAGGCGUACGACUGCAUCAUAGAGCUGUGGUGGUUGCCGCAGAAACAGGUGGAGCCUUAGGUGGAAUGGUUAGACAGUUAUCCAUUGAUCAAUUUGAAAAUGAGGGACGCCGUGUUAGUUAUGGGACACCCGAAAGUGCAACAGCAGCAAGGAAAUUAUUAGAUCGUCAGAUGUCAAUCAAUAGUGUUCCGAAAAAGGUUGUAGCUCAUCUUUUGAAGCCUCGGGGGUGGAAGCCUCCAGUACGACGCCAGUUUUUCUUGGAUUGCAAUGAAAUAGCUGAUCUUUGCGACAGUGCAGAACGCAUCUUCUCAAGCGAACCUACUGUGUUACAGCUUAAAGCUCCUAUUAAGAUAUUUGGUGAUUUGCAUGGUCAGUUUGGGGAUCUCAUGCGCCUUUUUGAUGAAUAUGGUUCACCAUCAACAGCUGGAGACAUAUCAUACAUCGAUUACCUCUUCUUAGGGGACUAUGUUGAUCGGGGUCAACACAGCCUAGAGACAAUUACACUUCUGCUUGCGUUAAAGGUUGAAUACCAACAUAACGUACACCUGAUUCGUGGAAAUCAUGAAGCUGCUGACAUUAAUGCCCUUUUUGGUUUCCGGAUAGAGUGUAUUGAGCGAAUGGGUGAACGUGAUGGGAUCUGGGUGUGGCACCGAAUAAACCGUUUAUUCAAUUGGCUACCUCUGGCUGCACUGAUUGAGAAGAAAAUUAUCUGUAUGCAUGGGGGAAUUGGUCGGUCGAUAAAUCAUGUGGAACAGAUAGAAAAUAUCCAACGUCCAAUUACGAUGGAAGCUGGCUCAAUUGUACUUAUGGAUUUACUAUGGUCGGAUCCAACUGAAAAUGACAGUGUCGAAGGUUUAAGACCCAAUGCUAGAGGCCCUGGGUUGGUUACCUUCGGGCCUGACCGUGUCAUGGAGUUUUGCAACAACAAUGAUCUUCAAUUGAUUGUACGUGCGCAUGAAUGCGUGAUGGACGGAUUUGAGCGUUUCGCCCAAGGUCAUUUGAUAACGCUCUUUUCAGCAACAAACUAUUGUGGUACUGCAAACAAUGCCGGGGCUAUCUUGGUGUUGGGGAGAGAUCUUGUGGUGGUUCCUAAGCUUAUCCAUCCAUUGCCUCCAGCAAUUACCUCACCUGAAACUUCACCAGAAAGACAUAUAGAUGAUACAUGGAUGCAGGAGUUAAACGCAAAUAGACCACCAACACCAACAAGAGGACGCCCACAAAAUCCAAAUGACCGCGGCUCUCUUGCUUGGAUAUAAACCCCACAGAAAGAGUGACGCGUGCGAGAUUACAUACUUCUCCCGACAGCCGCCUCUUGGUGAUCCUCAUGUUGUGUACAGAUCCAACCAAACUGUUCAAGUAUCGAUUGCUAUUUACCAACGAGAUGGAUCACACUGAGAAUCAACGAGGGUUCUGAGA